AUGAAGUUCUCCGCCAUCCUCGCUCUCGCCCCUCUUGUGGCUGCUAUCCCCGGCUCAAAGGAGUCCAAGGGCUCCGACGCUGCCUUCAGCGUUAUGUCUGCUCGCUCCGGUUCUCCUGUCCACCUGCUGCCCCUCAAUGCCGCAGGAACCUACUUCUGGCUCGGUGGACACGCCCACACCUACUCCCCCGUCCCCGAAGUUCCCAACACCAACCAGACCGUGAUUGCCAACAGCCACUUCUUGGACGUCGUGGUUCCCGGUGGCCAGGCCAUCUACGUCGAUGACAAGGGUGCACUGCGCUUCACCUCGCCCCACUCCGCCUACGAGCCCGCUGGCUCCUCCGACGGUCCCUUCAUCUACACUCCUGGUAGCUCUUUCGGCCACUGGACCUUCAAGGGCCAAGGUGCAUCUGGCUUCAUGGCUUGCCCGACUACCAACACUACCGUUGCCCACCGCUCCCGUCGGGGUGUUGCUUCCGCCCCUAAGUGGCAGGUCUAUGCUGCUCUGCAGAACGCUACUGUUCCCUCCGGCAAGGUUGGUGACUGCCUCGGCUUCAAUGCUCUUGCCGUUCCUUCCAACACCACCAGCCCUGUUACUUGGGAGUAUAUCUAA